CACAGGCUAACCAAUCACGUGACGUUUGUGGCGUGGCGCGAGUGAUGGGCUGGGCUGUGAAUCAUGGCUGCCUGGAGGUCGCUGUUUGCGGGAGCGGUGCGGGGUGUGCUGGUGGGCAGGCGGCUGUACUGUGACCGGGCUGCGGAGGGCAGGUCAGUCAAGGCAUGCCAGGCCAGGCCAGGCACAUCACGUGAUCAUUAUAACAUGCCACCUGCAGCAGGGGCACACACAGCUCCUGAUACAGAGCUCCACUACCCACCCUGCUGGUACAGGGACACACACAGCACCUGAUACAGAGCUCCACUACCCACCCUGCUGGUACAGGGGCACACACAGCUCCUGAUACAGAGCUCCACUACCCACCCUGCUGGUACAGGGGCACACACAGCUCCUGAUACAGAGCUCCACUACCCACCCUGCUGGUACAGGGGCACACACAGCUCCUGAUACAGAGCUCCACUACCUACCCUGCUGGUACAGGCACACACAGCUCCUGAUACAGAGCUCCACUACCCACCCCGCUGGUACAGGGGCACAUACAGCUCCUGAUACAGAGCUCCACUACCUACCCUGCUGGUACAGGGGCACAUUACUUGUAUCACAGCUGGCUGGGCUUGUGGGAAUUGCAGUCUUCUUAGGCUGGAGUGCCCAUGUUACUUUCACUCCCAGCAUUCUGGUAUAGCCUGAGCCCAUAUGGGUGAACCAAAAAUGACACACUAGCCUAGUCAAUCAUAAUACUAGCAGAAAAACAUUAAGGCAUUGGUAUAAACAUUCAGUUUACAUUACAUUAUGGCUAGGAUAAGGAUUAUUGCCAGACUGACCAAAAAUAGAGAGAAAAGAAUCUGUCCCUAUAACUAGAAAUGUAUUAAAAAUCACGAGGAUACUUUAUUAGAGAUAACAAAAAAGACAAACUGUAGACACACAGCCUCUUGCACUUACUGUCUGACUUGGUCAGUGACAGUAGUUAACGCAAAGAGCACACAUAUAAAGGAUUAGGUGAGUGGGGGAUGACACAAGUAAAAACACAGACUGAGUAGGUCGUCAUGAGAAGCCCCUAUAAAGGUUGCCCAAUCGUAAUAAUAGAAAGAUAUUGGUCUGGCAAUAUAGUUAGAGUAUGUUGCUACCCUGUAAAAUGUCAGAUAAUCAAGGUGGGCAAAUAUCUUAAACUCAGUAGAAAAUCUCCGCAUAGUCUUGUACAGGACACCAGGGAGUAAAGCUACUGUUUUUCUGUUCAAGGUGCCCAUGAAGGUACUAUUCCUACUAUCUAACUCCUCUUGAUCUAUCAGUAGCGAUGAACUCUAAACCCUAUCAAUAGAAGACAGCCGAUUAUAUACUAGUGCAGGGGUGGGCAACCUACGGCACUCAAGGCUGCUAGAGCCAAACAGGCUCUGGCUUAUCAGAAGUCCCAGUGAAACUUCAGAUAUCUGCUAAUACAAAAAGGUGGUGAACGACAAUCCUCAAUUUAUGCAUUGCAGCACGUAGAGGAAGUGAUCUCGGAUAACUAUCUCAUAUCACUUCCUCCCAGCACUUGUAAAUGGGAAUCCACACUGUAGUAGAGCAGCCUGCAGCUGCUGUUGAAGCUCCUGUCCUUGACCUGUACCUGGUCAGCCACGAAAUGCACAAUAACCCUCCCCUCAUACAAAUAAUACGAACAGCCCACAAAAACAUACACACAAUCCGCACAAACGUAACCCGCUAACAAUCCACGUACAUGCACACAACCCCACAUCCAGCCUCUCAUAUGCAAUACAUCAAACAGCCCCCACACAUACACACACUACCAAACACACAAUGUGACUCAUCCAUCCACACACACAAUUCCACAAGCAGCCCCCAUACACAGCCCACAUUCAUAUGUAUCAUACACGAUACCACAAACUACUCCUGAACAUAUACAAUAUAAUAGCUCAUAUACGCACAAAUAUAAAGAUACAAAGCAAUUACAGUAUAAAUAACACAAGCAGAAUACAGCAGCAUACAGACCUCAAUUUAAUAAAAUAGGACCGGCAUGCUACGGGACAUCACAAUCCUAUAUUGGUACAGUGCUACUAAAAGGUUGCCUACCCCUGUACUAGCGGUUGCUAAUUACGGUACCUUCUUUCCAGAAAAUCAGUCACUUCUUAUACCUAUCAGGACACCCUUAAGCACUAAGGGUAUACUAAUGCAUCUUUAUCUGGUUUACAUUAGGUAGCUAAAUGUGCGCUAGAUUUUAGGAAGUACUGUAUUGCCUAUUGGACCAAUCAGCUAUAUUCUUGCCUAUAAGCUUUUUAUCGCUAGCCAACCUUAUGGCUCCCAGCACUCUUAGGCAGCACAACGUCUGCAACAUAUGCAAGACAGUACUAACUAGUGUAUCAUCUACUAGACAAGGUAUAUUUUGCAUAGAAGCUUAUUAAUGCCAGUCAACCAGCUAUGUGUAUGUAAGAAAUCUUGUAUGAAUGCACCUUCCCUUCAUUAGCUUAUUAUUGCUAUUUAUCGACAGACUCUUGUUAUAUAGAUAUAUUUACAUCAAUCUCAUCACCAACAGGGAGUAAAACAUUGUCCGCUUUAAUGCCAACCAUGGCUUCUGAUUAUUUACUUACCUCUUCUAAUUAGAUCUGUGAUUUGCUUAGCUCAUAUAAUUACACGGGAGAGUGCCGACAAUAGCUUUACUCCCUGUUGUCCUGUACAAGUCUAUGCAGAGAUUUUCUACUGAGUUUAGGAUAUUUGCUCACCUUGAUUAUCUGACAUUCUACAGGGUAGCAACAUACUCUAACUAUAUUGCCAGACCAAUAUCUUUCUAUUAUUAUGAUUGGGCAAUCUUUAUAGGGGCUUCUAAUAACCUGCUACUCAGACACUCAGUCUGUAUUUUAACUUGUCAUCCCCCACUCCCCUAAUCUUUUAUGUGUGCUCUUUGCGUUAAUACAUUUCUAGUUAUAGGGACAGAUUCUUUUCUCUCUUUUGUUCGCUUUAUUCACCUAGGGUUACCCCCUUAGCUGUUCCAAUCUAUGGAUAACGUCCGUGGCCAACCUUUUUCUAUUUAUUGUCAGACUGGCCAGCAUUUACUUUGGAAUGAUAUACCUCAGAUAUUUGUCAGGUAAUUGUACCCGUCCCUAACUGGUAUAGUCGCUAUUGAGCAUAUGAACAAAUUGCUCCAAGAUCGCUUUGAAAUGUUAAUGGUAUUUCAAUACAUUUAAUAGUUAUACACAGACAAGGCAGAGUAUAUAUUGUGUAGGGCAGGCAACCUUUCGGCACUCCAGUUGUAGACUUCAUCCACCAUAAUGCUGGCAAAGCAUCGAGUGAGAUGUAGUCUUAAACAUCCGGAGUGCCAAACUUGCCUACCCCAUUUUUAUGUCCAUAAGUAACUUUGGGAAAGACAAAUAUCAUUAAAGGGUUAUUCCAACCAAAAACAGGGUUUCCAUAAAAUACUGGUUUUGGUUUUAGUAAUUCUUUCUGUGCUGGUCCACACUUCCACCUGCAGCAAACAAAAAUGAAUUUAGCUUUUUUUUUUUUUUUAUUUUUUUUUUUUUUCUCCAACUUCAAGUUCUCCUUCAGCUUCAUAUACCUCCACUGAUGGGUGGUAUGUUGUAUUCUUUUUGUGAAAAUUCUAAGGACGUCUUUGCCUGACGUGUUAAGAAUUGUCUAUAGCUGUCUAGGGACUCGCUGUGGAGCUUAACUACUAAAAAAAAUCUCAUAACUUUAAUUUACCAAUUGCAGGUCUCAAAAUUUGCAUUCCUCACCUUCAGGCAUUGUGAGUCCAAAAGAUCAGUACUCCUUAUAUUAAAGGGAAACUAUUGUUUUCUUGGCACUCCGUUGCAGCCCCCUCCACCCCCUCCCCCCCUCCCUCCCCCACCCCCUUCUGUCACUUACCUGGGUCCAGCACUGUCUUCUCUCCUCCCCUGCUGACGUCAGUCGGUGGGGGAGGUCUAAUGUGCCGCAAUGGCCACACUCACAUUAGGAUUUCCCCAUAUGGGGUUUUGGUUGACACUGGAUACAAACUUCAGUUACAAAAUGUUUUAAAUCCUAUUCUACUAGCAUGUGUCGAUAGAGCAUGUGUUAGAUAGUGUAUAGUUGUAUCACAAACCAAGGGUGCACCACAAGCUGUGGCCUGCCAUUUUACCUUAUUUCCAGUGGUGGUAGUCCACUCCAGCAUGCUUAAUCAUAGUCCUCAUGCACGACAUGCAAACAGGACAGACUCUUCUCUCUAGUAAAAUUAAUUUCUUUUUGUUUAUACUUGGCUUUGACCUAGCUCCUAAUACUCAGAUAAUUAUUUUUUUUACUCAGCUCCAAAAAGAAACCCAAGACAUUUCCCAAAAUCUACACAAAAACAGGAGACAAAGGUGAAUACAUGUUUCUUGCUUUUUGGUCUAGUUUUUAGUUCACCAAAUCCUACUGAGAGUUUUGAGCUCUGUUUGUAACCAGGUUUGUCCAGCACAUUCACAGGAGAAAGGAGGCCCAAAGAUGAUCUUGUAUUUGAAGCACUGGGAGCGACUGAUGAAUUGAGCUCAGCUAUUGGGUAAUGUUAUCAUCUGGGAACUUGUUUUAAAUGUAUUGUACCAUAGUAAUUCUCCCCAUUAGACAUGUCCAAGAAUGCAGUAUAUGCAAAAAAAAUGACACAAUGUUUGACAGUUUUCUAAAGAAACAUUUUGUUAAAGUAGAUGUGGCAAGCAUUUAUCAAAUAUUUAUGUAUAAAAAUUAGGUGAUAAGUGAAUUGUUUCACAUGUCAUAGAAAUAGAAACAUGCAGAAUAUAUAUCUAGGGUUAAAGUUAGGCUGUUUUGGUCCUAAAUUUGAAAUUUCAACAAUUUAAUGCCUAGUUUCCACUGAGCGGUAUGGUACGGUUCGGAAGGGUUCGAAUGGUCCAGCCUAUUCAGGUGAGCGUUUCCACCGCAAAAAGCGUACCAGACCGUACCGACCCGAACCUUACCACUCAGUGGAAACGGCAUAAGUGAAUAAGUUCGCGAGCAGUUCGCGACAGCUCUACCUACUAGCCAGUCCUUAGACGUUACUCACCAUUGCAAGCCUGAAGAGUACAUGGCAUAUACACGGGCCUAAAUUUUCCCUCACCAGACGUCCCUCCACAAGCGGGCUCUAAUAAACAUGCGUGACUAAUGCCGCACACGUAUUAGGACUCCCCAUAGGAAAGCACUGGAUGUCCUCGUCCAGAGUGUGAAGACGUGCAACGUCAGUUACCAGACAAAGUCUUUUAGGAUCCAGGAGGCGCCUCCAGUGGUUGUCUGGUAGAGAGCCACUAGAGGCUGAAUUAGUGCUUCAAUGUAAACAUUGCAGUUUUAAAUCAAGCAUUGUUUACAUUUAUCAAGGUUUUUUUUUUUUUUGUAUCAAAUUGUGUUCGAAUUGCUAAAUUGGGAAAUGCUUUUCCUUAUGAACAUUCUUACUGAAGACUUCAUAGGACUCUAUCAGAAUGCUAAUUAGCAUUCGUUGUGUAAGCCCCUCUUCCUUGCUAAAGUUAAAUUCAAUGUUCUACUUUUCCCCCACGUUUUGCAGGGCAGGUACUCUUAAAUUUGAGUAAUUUAUUUUCCUCUUGUCUUCCCAGGCUGGCUAGAGAAUUUGGGAUUGAUGCUAACCUCCCAUUUGUGGCAGAACUUGAAAAGGUAGCCUUUUUUCUUUUAUUUGUAUUUUUUUUUUCUACAAAUUAUCUUAUUUAGAUAUGUUUAUAUGGUAUGUAUUAUGCUUUGUUAAAUGUGUGCAGUGUUUUUAGCCUGCAUGUGAAAGUGAGUUUCAGCAUUUUAUGAUAUCCUGUUCCAGAGAGAGGCUAUAGACAAGACCAUGGUACUUGACUAUUUUAACACUAAUAUUGCAAAGCUAAAUAAUGGGAUUCAAUUUUAUGUUUUUUAUUCCAUAUUUUUAAAACCAAAACAUUGUGUUAGUUCAUUUGAAAAAUAGUUUAUUUUAAAUGCAAUAUUAUUUAUUUUAAUACACAAACAUGUUUUAUUAAUAGUGGUAAAAUUGUUGUAAAUAUCUGAUUUUUAUAUUUAUAUUUUUUUGACUCAUUCUCAUACCAGUCUCUCUAGAAAAUGUGCUUUGUCUGUUAUAUUUUCGAAUCUCUUUAUGAUCUAGCAUUGGGAUAUGAUGGUAUUCUCUACCUUCUUAACAUUUUGGCUCUUGUACUGUUCAAAACAAAUACAUUUUGUUAAAAAUCAAAGAGAAUUAAUCUCAGUAUUAGCACUUGAAGGAUGUGUGGGCUGUAGAUGGAGCGAUUUGAGAGAGAUGUGAAGGAUGAGCAUACUAGUAGGGAACAGAGGGAACAUGAAUGGGCUGUUGGAGUAAAAAGACCAAAUUAUUUGGGAGAUGGGAAAACGGCGCAACUGGGAUAACAAGAUGGAGGGAGAGAGCUGGUAUUGAGUAAGACUUAGAAGUGGGGGAUAGAGAGAGCAGGGAGAACCAGUGAUGGAAAUAUAAAGGGAACCAGUGAUGGGAAAUAUGGAUGAUAGUGUGGAGGCCAGAAAGGACAGAACUACCUUGAGAAUUGCAUGUUUCAUUCCACUUCAUAUCUGCAUUCAAAACACUAUCCAUCUACAUUCACAGACAUGAACAAACACAACUAAUGGAUCAGAUGAAAGGGUUGAGAGUGGUCUGGCUGUGCACCAGUUCUGCAUAGCCUAAUCCUACCAUACCGUGCAUUUUGGAUAAUUAAUAAGGAAGUUAAAUAGCCUUAUUAUGCCAUCCCAAGCAAUUAGGUAGGCUUUGGUUAUCAUGGGAAAUCUUUUGUAAAGCCACAUAAAAUAGGUUGACAAAAACAGAGGAUCAGCAUCCCCACCUCCCUGCCCCCUAACCACUAUUAGCAAGGUGAUUGUUUUUUAAAUAAAAAUGAGGUGGUGUCAGUGCACAAAUCCACCUGAAUGCCAGAUACUCUAGGUACACCUCUAUGCAGAGGCUGUCGGUAAAGCUUGGGUCUACAUGUUAGAUGAAUCAAGGAAAAGCAAAGAAGUGAAAUUCCUCCUUUGACAUCACGAAGCCGGGGUAUGCUUAUAGUGGCAGUGACUUUACAAAGCAGCAGUUUUAAGCAUUGUGAUAAAGAAACUGUAAUGAGCAAAGUUGGUAUGAUGCUUAAAGUGGCAAACGUUAAAUAGAACACAAACUGUAAAAUGUAGUAUUGUUAUUGCUAUGACCAUAAAGAGUUCAAAUAUGAAUGCACCAGUUAUCCUAAAUCUAGGACUGCAAAUAUGAUGUAUUGUUCCUUCUAACAGUGUCAGUCAAUGUACUGUAUAAACAAUAUGUUUCUCAGUGCUGUAUACAACUUGCUCUGUCAAUGUCUCUGUUUUGCUCGUGUAAUGUCUGACAUCAUAUUCAGAUAUGUAGUAUCAUUCAACUUGGUGGUGAGGGAAUACCGGGGUUAUGCUUGUAUGGCCGCAGACUAUCCUGCACUAACAUAAGCCAUAUUAUAACACAAAUUAACUUGCAAUACAUUUUUCUUCAACAGAUCCAGUGUAUGCUGCAGGACAUUGGCUCAAAUAUUGCAACACCCCUGUCUUCUGCUAGAGAAAGCCACAUAGGUACAUUGCAAAUUUCAGGUUUUGGGGAAUAAACAUUUUUUACAAGCUCUAAACCAUAACAAAAAUAAAUCCCUUUUGUGCUUUAAAAAUAGCACUUUGAAAUGUAUGGAUAUGCUUGCCAUCAUUGAUGGAGCGGUUUGUGAAAACAGUGUGUUGUAAUUAAGCAAAUUCACUCAGCUAAUACGUUUGCUUUUUUUCUGUAGUCAAAACAACAUUUGAUGCAGAACCUGUCCAGGAACUAGAACAAUGGAUCGAUAAAUAUACGGCCCAGCUUCCCCCGCUGAAUAACUUCAUCCUACCGGUAUGUCUAACACAAAAAAAAAAGCGGAUCAGUGCCACAGGGAUUAUAGAGUACUAAUAUAACACUCUCAAUUCUGGACAAUAAUGAAGAUUGGCGAAUAAUACAUAUGCUUUAAAAAUUGUAUUGGUAAAAACAGGAAUGUAAUUAACCCAGCAGUUCAGCUGAAACCUGUUUUUUCAAAUUUAUAAACCUAAAACUGUGCACAUGCAUUGUUUCAUCUAAUUAUUUUAAGGUACUUAAUAUAGGAAAUAGUGAAAAGAAUUCAUGUUUUAAAAAAAAAAAUAUAUAUAUAAUAUAUAUAUAUAUAUAUAUAUAUAUAUAUAUAUAUAUAUAUAUAUAUUUUUUUUUUUUUAGUGUAUUUUGUAAAAUAUUUAAAUCCCCAUAUCACUGUGGAUAUUUUAAUCCUUGCUUGUCCAAAAAUAAUUGGAUGUAGGUGUAAGUUCUGCUUUGUACAGCAGAGGCCGCUAUCACUGUUUUUCUAUUACCAAUGCAUUAUCCAUGUUUCAGUCGGGAGGAAAAGCGAGUGCAUCGCUGCACGUUGCCCGGGCUGUGUGCCGCAGAGCAGAGAGAAGGUAAUGAACUACUAUUUAUUAUUCUCCAUCUAAUAAAUGUAUUUAAUUUUUUAACUACAAUUAAAAUAGACAAUUUUAAUAGACGUAGGAAAUAAUCAAAGCUCAAUGUGAUAUCAGACCUAGAAUGCCUAAUAAAGCUUACAAUGUGGUGUUGUAUAUUGGCGUUUUUAGAAGAUAUAUUUUCUAAAGGCUUAAAUUAAUUCAAAUUCUAAAAUUGACGCCACAAUAAUGAAGGCUUCUCUUUACACAGUUUGACUAAUUUAGCCUCACAUUUGCAAUUCUAUAAAAUUGUGAGUUUGAGUAACUCUGUUAGAGAACUUUAAACCAGUGUAUACUAAUUACAUUUCUCUUCUUAUCAGUGCUUUCAAAAUUGUAAAGGCUGGAGAGGCAGAUGCCAAUGUUGGGAAGUACUUGAACAGGUAAAAGAAGCUGCAGACUUGCUUUAACACAAUUUUGACAUGCUUCUGCAUCAAAUCACUUAUCCUAUACAUUCAAAAUAUACAAAUUGUCCAAAACUAAAGUUUGACAGAUGGCAGUCUGUAAGGGGACUUGAUUAUUGGAUUAUUUGACCUGGACAAAGUAAACAUUGUAGAAGUAGCCCAGUACAAUCUGUCCUGAUUUGAGACCCUUUAAAGGCAUGUCCUAAGAGUUUGGAGCAAGGAUUACAUAUUGGCUUUGCACUGGGCAAACCCUUAGAGGCUGUGCUCCUAGGUUUGAUCUGCAGUGUGCUAGGCUCUUUAGUUAUAGAAUUGGAUCUAGAGUGGCAAAGGUAUACUCCAGUGUCCUAGUCACUGUUUAGGUGACCAACCUUGCUACACACCGCAAGAGUUAAAAAGGUAGAAUACUUACCUUCUUUUCACUCUGCAAUGCUCUCUCCUCGGUCCCGCCUCUUUGGCUGAAAUCAUUAUGCUUGAUGAUCGCAGCCAAUCCAAUGCUUCCCCAUAGAGAUGAAGUUGUCUGGGUGCCUAUAAUGUCUCUUUAAGUAAAGUAGAAGUCUUACUAUAUAAUCAGUCAAAACAAUACUGGGCGAAAACCAUCAUAACACAAACAAGUUGUGAAUCUUGUUUUUGGCUAAGGAAUUAAAACUUGCCAAACUCUUAAGCAAGGAGCAUAGCAUAACUUGUUUGCUGGAGACAAGAGACAAAGUCCUAACUUCAUCAUUUGUAGCAAAAACCUCCAUUACCAGUUCCCUCUUGUAGAAUCCUUGCAGGUUGGUAAUGCAAAUGGGAGAAACCCACACCUAGUGAAAUAGGUUUGGCAUCAGAAACAUUCUUCAUAGUAGAAUUCUUCAUACAUGACUUACCAUAAGCUAACAAUAGAAUGCUGGUAUUUUUGCUUAGAGGACCACUAUAGUGCCAGGAAAACAAUCUCGUUUUCCUGGCACUAUAGGGUCAUUAGGUGCACCCCUCCCACUGGCCUGAAGGGGUUCCUUUUCUCCAGCGCUGUGAUCCCCCUACCAACGUCAGAUCCAAAUGCGCAUCCGCGCAUGCAUUCAAACAGCCCAUAUGAAAGCAUUACUCAAUGCUUUCCUAUGGACGUCAGCGUCUACUCACUGUGAUUUUCACAGUGCGGAUGCGCCUCUAGCGGCUGUCAGUGAGACAGCCACUAGAGGCUGGAUUAACCCUCAGUGAAUCCAGCCUCAGCUGCAGGGUAAAACUAGAGGGACCUAACACCCAGACCACUUAAUUGAGCUGGUCCUUAAAGCGAAAAUUAAGAUUUUUCUCACCUCCUAUGUAUUUUGUUUUCUUCCAUUCAGGCUGAGUGAUUAUCUUUUCACACUGGCAAGGUAUGCAGCCAAGGCAAAAGGCAGAGCAGAGACAACCUACACAAGGACUCCGUCAUGAAACCUCUGUGAAAUAAAGUGGGAUUUCCUGGUGUUUAAGAAGGGAGGAUGAUAAGAACAAGCUGCAGUCUUGAAUCAUGUUGGUUUGUCAGCCAUCCUGUCUUGGUAUUUUGCUGCUGAACUUGUAACUAAACUCUCAAGACCAAAUAAUUUAAUUUACAAUGGGAAGUUUAUGGAAGAAAAUCUCUUGAAGGAUGGACUUAAAAACAAUUUUUUGUGACUAAUAGAGUAGUGAUAUAUUGCUUGUGCGUUUUCAUUGUUUAGUAAUUCAUCCCUUCAUGUUUCUUAAUUAUUGUGUCCUACUCUACUUUAAAGGACAACUGUCACUUCAAAACUAUUUUUGAAAUCUAAUUCUUUUGAAUUCUAUCACAUUUUGAAAGAAAAGUGUGUCGUGUGUGUGUGUGAAGAAAAAAAAAAAACUGGUCCCGACCUUUAGUAUAUGACAAAAUUCAGGUAUAAACAUACACUUUGGAACAGACAGGGUUUGAAAACUAAAGAUAACUAGCAAAAAAUAAACAGUACGGUUCCCUGGAGUUGAAUGGUUUAGUUGCCCAGUUAGUAUGCAUACCCCUUACUAACUAGGAAGAAACAUCCAAUCCAGAGAAGAAUUAAGACACCAUGUUGGUCUAUAGCAGUAGUUCCCAACCCAGUUCUCAAGUACCCCCUACCAGUCCAGGAUUUAGCUUGUUG